AUGCUGCGCCGGGUGCGGCGGUCUCUCCGGCAGGUGCUGUUUCUGAUGGCCCGGAGACCGGCUCUUCUUUGCGGGGCUAUCGUGCUCAGCGUCCUGCUCGUUCUGGCCGUGAAGUUCACAUGCAGGUAAGAGUCAAAAACUGUCAAUAUGAACAGUUUCUGUCCAUAUUCGGGGACUGUAAGCUUGUUUACUUUGUCAGGAGACUAAUGUUUCUGUCGCAGUGUUGUAAACAAGCUUUUAGUGACAUGAACCUUAUUAUCUGUGAAGGGUUAGGGUCUUCAGUUUGUGUGACACAUGAGGAUUAACUCAAACAGGACUGUUGAAACAGACGUUGUCACUGUCUCCAAUACCAGGAUUUUAUGAAGAUUAUAAGUCAGUAAUGUUUAGUAAACAACUCAUAUCAGUGAUCCCACCUGUGAAGGUUACAGCUGCUUACUUUAAAACUGAGCCAACCUGCAGGCAGCUGCUACAUCCUCACCCCUGUCCUGUCAGGACUGAAAAUAUCCAAGAGUUACUGAAGGUUAGAGGAAGUAGCAGUAGGGGAGACCGGGGUAAGUUGAGCCAAAGGGUAAGUUGAGCCACCCCCUGUUGCUUGGCAAUGGUAAAAGAAAUUGAUCAUGUGACCAAAUAUUGAGGAGAUGGACAUCAAUUCGUGGAGUCUGUGAAGGUUAGAAGCACAUUGGUGAAGGGAUUAGACAUUUAUUUACAAAAAAAAAAAAAACACUCUUGAAAGUGAAUUUGGUCUGUCAUAAGUUUUAUUAGAAUUGUAUUUAGACCAAAAAAGAUCAUUUUAAAUUUGUUUUAUACAUCAAUUGUGGUAUCUAUGAGCUACAGCAUGAGGUAAAAAACCUAAUAGUCCACCAUUUUAGUUUAGAGGACUAUUAAAGUCAUCAUUGUAGUUCUGGGGUAACUGAGAACGUAAAGGAGUCUGAUGAGAGGAUCAGAGUUUAAGUUCAGAUUGUAUAAAUAUUUUUAAUGGGCAGCGUCUGCUUCCUCGCUGGGUGAAGCCACUCCGAGAACAGCACCCUCUGUUGAGGGGCUGCAGUAUAGGUCAUAAAUCCCGCCUCCUCCAGCAAUCCCUAUGGAGCUGUGGACAAACUUUAGAAAUUUAUUACACAGAAUAUAAGGCACUGGUUUGUGCUCAAGUCCUCUUUUUUUCUGUGAAGCUCCGUUUUUAAAAGUUAUUAGGGGGUUCAUAUUUUCUAUGAUUGGCACCUGAAACAGCCUAUGGGCGUUCAGGGAUUGCGUAGCUCAUAUGCUGUUUGAGCCGUGCGUCAUCACAGCGACUCUCCAGCCGAAUGCGCACAACGCUACUGCGCAGCGCUGGUUUCAGGAAAAGAAAAAUCCCGGAAAUACUGAGAGCUUUUGGCUUCAAAUCUGUAUACAGGCGGGAGGCGAAACCAAGUUGUCCAUAGUAUAUAUAGUCUAUGGUUCUGAAUCACUUAAAGACAUUCUCAUGUUAAAAGUUUUUUUUUACAGAACAGCUUUUUAGCAGUUAUAUGUAACAAUAAUAAUAAAAAGAAUGAUUGUACCAGUUGAAUACUGUAUAAUAGAUAAAAAUACACAUGAAUAUGAAGAAGUGACUGUUAUUUAGGGAGAGAGAAGGUGAGAGAGGAUACAAGGGGUAAGUUGACAAUAGGAGACCACUUUUUUUGCAUACUGUAUUAUCAAGACAUUUAUGUUUACACUCAUUCUGUUGGUUUGCACACGAGUUAGAGAGAAAACUAUGAUUGACUUGAUGUAGUGAUCUGAAAUGUGAAAAAUGGCUCAUCUUACCCCACUCUCCCCAGCUGUAAAAAUACUCUGUUACUACUCUAAGUCCAUUUGUCAAACUAUCUCAAAGUCUAGGAGAGGAAAACCUGUAAAGGACAGAUUUGACUAUUUUCUGAAACUGAGGGAUGAAACUGAAAUUAGUGGGGAUGUAAAUCUGCUUUCUUGUCGCCUUAAACCAGCUGGGGUUUCAGUUGGUCUUCUGUGAAACAAACAGUGAGGAAAUUUUAAAAAAAUGCUGAUUUCAAGAAGACCCAAAGUCUUGAGGUCAGGGUAUUCAAAAGACGAGAAAAAGAAUAAAGCAGCAACCCAACAAGUACAUUAGAUUUUCAUAAACAUACUAUCAAAACUUCUGUUUAUUUUCACAGUUUGUAAAGAUUUUCUUCCUUCAACAAUCGAAGUGUUUGAGCACUGAAAGCAGCUACUUCCAGCAAAUGUUUACAUCAGCUGAGGAUUGAAAUUUGAGGCAAAUUGUAGACAAAUGAUCUCGGUCACACCCUGCCUUUUACCCAUGGCUGUGUUUCUUCUACUAAGAGUGGAAAGAGUUUCGUUUGAUGCAGGGAAAGUGAUUUUGAUGUGUUAUAAGGUUUUUUCAUUGAGCUUUUCUCACUUUGCAGCCGUGCUAAAAAUGUGGUGGCAGCAGCUCGGCCUCCUGUGCGGUUCUUCUCUGCCGAGGCCCCAGUCGUGGACCUUUAUCUGGGUCAGCUAGACCAGGUAAGAGUCAGACACCUGCUGUUAAUCAGCCUCACUGCUCGGUCAUUAAGUGGUGCCUUGUUUUGAUUAACUUUACAUCAACUUACAGACACAAUCACAUGGCCCGGUUUUAGUCUACAACUGUGAACAUUUUCUCUGCAGGUGGAGCGGAUCAGGAGUGUGGCGGAGGUGUCUCUUAUCUUCUUCUAUGCACCCUGGUGCGCUCACUCCAUGGCCGCCCGGCAGGAAGUGCAGCAAGUAGCCAAGAAGCUGGCCAAACAGGUACAGCACACUUAAUCAAACAACAAGCGCCCUGGAUUGUUUAAAUGCCAAAUAGCAGCUUCUAUUGACAUGCAUGUGAUGUGGACGAGUUUUCAGCAGCAAAGAGAAACUGACUUAAUCUGGUAAAGUAAAACCCUCAUUCUGCUGCAUUAUACCUGGACUAAAACAGAUUUUGAUGGUUUACUGAUCAUCCAGACCCAGUAUUUAAACAAUAAGAGGGCAAAGAAAACUAUUAAAGAGUUAAAACAGAAAAAAAUGAUAAAAAAUUAAGGAUAUCUUUUUCAUCCUAAGAGGCGGUUUGUUUCCCUGCGUACUCAACAACAGCACAGUUGAUUAAAUGGAGUUAGUAAGGCAUUCAUAAGCAAGCUCAGUUGCUCUUUUACUUCCAAGAUGAAACCAAAACUUAAACUGACCUGACCUGGUAUUUUGUGCAUGAAACAGAUCAAACUGACAGUUUCAAGAGGCAAAACAAACAGAUCCAGCAACCGCAGUAUGUUCUGCUGUAGGAUUUGACUCGUUACUUCUAAUUGCAUUUAGUCUAACCUCUUUAUUUGCUUAAAUUUCCAUUAAAAGGCAAUGAUGGCUAUCGUUGGCCGGCAGUGGUGGACAGUAACAGAUGAAAUUUACUUGAGUACUGUACUUAAGUACAGAGUCUGAGGAUUUUUACUCUUACUCCAAUACAUUUCCACUCUUACUCGAGUAAAUUUCUGAGAAGGCUCAUGAGUACUUGUUACUUUUGGUUUCGCUGUUUUGUUUUUUUCUUUCCACUAAAACGCAAUUGGCCACAUGCAGUGUUCGUCAAAGAAGGAAACCUAUCACAGUACACGUUCUCCACUGGGAUGUACGUAAAACUGGAAAUAAACGCUCUCUUGUUUAUCAGCUCAAAACAAAACCGCGGUGGCAAUGGUGGCGGCAGGAGAAGAACGCCACGUUGAAUCCUCAGGCUCAGAGUCUGAACAUGAUGAGCCGGAGUUGAAUGAGGCGGAGGAACUUGAAGAAAACCCGCCUUAUCUGAAGGCUAUGUUCGAGUUUUCAGGAGUAAAUAAGAAAAACGCGGACAGACAAGAAAAAGUACAAUGUGUGUAUGUGUAUGUGUGUGUGUUCAAAUAUUUGAACUUUGGGAGCGACUUUUCCGCGACUCCGUGCCACGACAGCCAAUCUCUUACUUACUCUUACUUUUACUUACUCUUGAAUACUUCAGUACAUUUAAAAGAAAGUACUUUUUUACUCUUACUCGAGUAACGUAUUGACUGGGAUACUCUUACUUGUAGCGGAGUAAAUUUUGACCAGGAGUAUUUGUACUCUUACUCAAGUACUCAGGUCAAGUACUCUGUCCAUCUCUGUUGGCUGGUAAAUGCUGUGCACUAAGACUACAAACUUCUGUUAGUUGUUGGCUGGUGUGAUAAGAAAAUCUCAGUUUUAAGGUAAAUUUCACUGCUUGGUCACUUGCAGGGUUAGUUGAAGUUAACUAAGUAAGGAAGUAACCCACCACCAGCACUCUGCAUCAUUCCCGUUUCCAGAAAGUUCUGUUUGUCUGAUUCGUUUUAGACCUCAUCUGGAAUGAAAAUGACACAAAAUCACUGAGAGGUAUCCGACACUAACCCCUGAAACUGUUUUGUUUGUUACGCUCCGUUUCUUUAUUUCUCGUACAAACACAGGUGCAGUUUGUGGCUGUUAACUGUUGGUGGAGUCUGGGGAAAUGCAGGAAGCAGAACCGCUUCUAUCAGUACCCGAUCAUCCACCUGUUUUAUAGAAGGUGAGACCGAGAACUCACAAAGCCAUCUGAAGUUUUUUCAACUGAAAAGUAAACAAUGACUAAAAAGGUGACAAACUGGAACCUCUAAAUCUUUGUGUUAUAGCCCCUGACGUAAAGAGCUGUGACAUCAGUUACACUCUUUUAACUAUUUCAGCCUCUAACAUAAAGUAAGGGCUCAUCUCAUUUAUCCAUUAUGUGUUUAUUCUUAUACUUUCUAUGCUGCAGGUUCGGGCCCAUCAAGUACAAAGGUCCAUUUGUGGCUCCUUAUGUGGAAAAUUUCAUCCUCCGAGUCAUCACACCGCUUACUUACCUCCCAUCUAGAGCCACUCUUCAGGAGUUCCUCUCGUACCACGAGGUAAAAUAACGGCGGCGAGUGAGCUGUCUUUAGAUUAAGUGCGAUUUUCUGAUAUAUUUUAAUUUUCUGUGUCUCUUUUGUAUUCCUAGUCUCGAGUGGUGGGUUUCUUCCAGUUUAACUCCUCUCCUCAGCCACCGGGGUACAUCACAUAUUUGUCCUCUGCCCUGCAGGCCCUAAAAAGAGGUGAGGCAUGAACAUUCAGACUCUGAACUGUGGAAUAUUAAUACUGAAUUAGAUAUCUUUAGUUUUCAUAAUAAAGGUGACUGAAGCUGGAUUGGUAGUUACUAAGGCUGCACGAUAUUGGAAAAAAAUAAUAUUGCGAUUUUUUUCAACCCUGCGAUAUAUAUUGCGAUAUUAAAAAUAUAGGAAUUUUCACCAGAUGACCUGAAUAGCAUUUAAUGUAAUGCUGCACUGCUGAAGUCUUGAGGACAGUUAACCUGCUCUGAUCUUACCUCUUUUUGUGAAUGUUAGAAUGGCUUCUGUCUGUCUCAGAGAUAUUUUUAGGUUUUAUUGUUCUGGGACGUUAUUGUGGCAACAGAUUAACACAGAACACGUGUUUUGGUCAACAUCAUCCUUCUUUUAACCGAAAUGAUUCCAGAUAACUGACUUUCCUUUUCUUUUUGGCAACAAAUUUCCAUUUUCGGUGUUUUUUUCUUGUUCGUUGCUCAUUUUGCGAUCGUUGUUGUUAGCGGUGUUGUGCCGAGAAACGCAUGUCCUCCGAGAAUUGCAUGCACCUCGCAAAACGUGCACCGCUUAUAGUAGAGUGGUCCACGGAAAUGUACAAUUUAAAACCCAUACAGUUCUUAUUUGUUGGGCUUAACAGUCAUGAGUAAAGUUCCGAAAGUAAUUCUCAGCGGACACGUGUCUCCCUCCAUGUGCAGAACAUGUGCAGGGGUGGGUUUCCUCCUCUCUGAUUUUGAUUGACAGCUGACAGGGUAGUCUGAUUGGCAACUGAGAACUGAGUCUGAUUGGCAACUGAGUUAAGGAUGAAGGUGAUUGGUGGAUCGCUGCACACACGUACAUCGUGAUGACGAUAUUCAAACGAUAUAUUGUGCAGGCCUAGUAGUUACCUGAUGUUUCUGUGUGUCGUGUGCGCUCCUCCUGGAUUGUUUGUCUAAUGGGGAGUGGCUUUGUCUCUUUGAAUUGUAAAUAGUAGAAUCGCAGUUUCCUGGAGUCAAAAGGCAUUUAACUUUGUGUGUGAUCCUGUUUUCAUCUCACUGCGAAUGUCAUCCAGUGUGAAUCUGAUAGCUGAUAACUGCACAGCUAUAAGUGUUUGUGUGUUUUAUGUAAAAAUGUGUGUAACUCUUCAUUCGCCUCGGGCUGCCAAAUGAAGCGCGUUAGCUCAGCGGUCACAGACAGACCUUGGUGUUCAAAGUCAGCUUCAUAUUCAUGCAGACUCUUCUAUCUUGCAUCUUUCUUUCCCCGUUGGAAGCAUCAUCAGAUACAGAGUAAAAGAAGGCAGAAGUUCAGCUGCUUUUCAGCCGUCAGUUCUGACUCUCUCUGUCUCCGGUGCAGAUUUCCGUGGUGCUAUACGUUUUGGGGUCGUGACCAACAAACAGGUUGCGGAGGCCAUCUCGCUGAAAGAAGAUGAAACUGUUUAUCUUUAUAGAAGAUUAAACUCUUCUUUGGUAAGUGAGUUCACCUGGUAUAUGCAUGUAUUUGCAGUAUACGCAUGCAUGGACAAAAAUAAAAUACGAGGCCGCCCUGACACGGUGUUUCAUGUUUCCCCUCAUUAGAUUUUCCCUCGAAGGGAACGUAACUUCACAUCAGAGGCCAUCUGUAGCUGGGUGUUCGAACACCAUGAGACCGUCCUGCACUGGCUGCAGCCUCCGGGCACAAAGUCCCGCCUCCUGGAGCAAGAGCUGACUAAAGGGCCGGCAUUGCUGCUGUUCCUGCCUCACAAUCCUCUUGCCUUACAGCCCAGUCCAGUUCUACAGCAGGUAAGACCAUUCCAGAUUUUAUCGGAGACAUCUUUCCUCAUUCGUUGUCUUGACUUUCGUAGGAUUAUGUUAUACUGCCACACUCUGGGUAGUUUGUUUGUCUUUACCUUUGCGUAUCCCUUUCUGUGUCUUGUGGUGUGCCACAGGGGUCUAUUUUAGGUCCCCUGUUGUUUUCUAAUAACUCAAAUGUAAGACCGAUUCAGUGUUUAUGCAUCAAAUGAACACGUAGAAACAUUUUUAUACCCCCUCUGAUCUUUAGAAACAUGGAUUAAAAUGUAUUGGGUUUUGUCUUUUAUAGCGUCGCGUGUCUGACUUUUACUUAUCCUUGUACCUCCCUGGAAAUGCAGUAUGUUUUUAUUCCAGUGUUUGAAUUGUCUUACUGUAUUCUAGUUUAUUUUUAUCCUCUGAUAAUGUUUUCCUCCUUGCCGUUUUAAAUUGUCUUGCGAUUCCUCGUUGUAGUUUUUUUCUUUGAGCUUUACUCUUAUUAAAAAACCCGAAUUUCCUCAUCAUUGGUAGAUGCCGUGUGCGACACAGUGUGUGAAGCUCAACUUUUAUGCUGCUGACUCUUUAUUUCUAAGACUUGGUGAUAGCAGAAACUUUCAUUCAUUUCAUUGUUUUUGAAAGAUUUGGGAUUUUUCAUCAUUUCCCUGUGCCUGAUGCUGAACUUUGACUCUGCUCUGAGUGUUUUUCUUCUCCUCUCACGUCAUCACUCCCACUGUCAACACACCUGUAGCAUAAAACCUGGAUGUCCGAUUUUCUUGCAGCCUCAGUUUUGAUUCCUUAGCCAAGAGGUCUUCUCAUUCCUGUCUUAAAAUCUUAAGAAGAUCUUUAAGGAAUAUGCUAAACAGGAACUUUUCAGUCAGCUGCUGAACUUCCUCUGAUGCCACCAUGUUCUACCUGCUUAUAAAACCAACGUCUGAUCAAAUCUGUCCGUCCCCUCCCCUUUUAUACACACCGGUUCCUUCAUUUGUCAAAAACAGGUCUUCAAAUCAGUUGUCGUUUCAGAUUUGAGUACUUAAUAUUUUAGCCUUUUCUUGUGAUUGCAGUCCUGUUUGAAUACCAUCCUUGUUUCCUUCUUUCAGGUUGCAGACAUUGCUGUCCGUUAUCAUUCCUGCGGCAACAAUACCCACUCCAGCUCGGACGACAGCCUCACCUCCCACUCACCGUGCUGCCAGUCGGUUCUUCUCUCAGAGUCCAGCUCAAAUGUGUGCGAGGUGUGCCUCAGCUUGUCACGACUGAGCCUUACCAGCUCUCCUGCACGCUGCUUGUUCCCCUCAACGGCUCAGGAAGGAGAUUUGUUGCAGCCUCGUAUCAGACACUGCUGCCUGCACCAUCUCCCUGCUCCCGUGUCCAUAAAAACCGCCAUGGCUUGCACAAACUUUUUGGACAGCUACAGCCCGUUCAAACAAUACAGUGCCUGCUGCAGAACAGUGGAACCUCAACUCAACAACGAAUCACAAGCCAAAGAGGAGUCAGACGUACGAAGAGUUCCCCUCACGCCUCAUCCCACGUCCGUCCCUCCGUCUUCCGUCCCUCUGCAGGACGGAGACGGCUUCACAGGGCUACGGUGUCAGACAAACAGGACGCUCAGGUUUUAUGUUCUGGAUCUUGCUCUGAACUGGCCUCUGGCAGAGAGACUGGGGGCAACACACAACAGAAGUGCUUCUCUACACCGGGAGGAAGGCGCGCAAGGCGAUGGGAGCGGCGACGGUUCGUUUGCAGCCAUCGUGAACCUGAAGGAUGAGGUUCAUUACGUUCUGCAUCGCAGCCCGGCGGCCACGCUGACUGAAUCUCUGGGUAAGACUCAGGUCCUUUGUCAUCUGUAUGUGAGCUUUCCUGUAGAGGUCGAUGAUAUGACAGAUAUUAGUCAUGCAGGGCUUGACAUUGCGACCAUUUCACUCCAAACAGAUGUGUGCGAAUUGUACAAUAUAUUUAGGGGAACAUGUGCGCAUAAAAAACUCAGCCGAGGCAACAAAUGUUUUUUCAUGCAAAUACUACGGUGAAGUUAGUUUUAGGUUGGAUAUCCGACGGACAUUAACCACGGAUCUAUGGGUGUCUUCUUACUCUCCACAACCAGGAAUGUCAACAGCAGCACUUUUAAAUCUACUCGGCACCCUCGCUGUCAAUGUCGGGUGUUGAAUAAGCGACUAUCAAUAAAUUACUGGUUGAUGUUCUCAAAAAAGGCUGUUUCCCUUUAACAGCUGACUAACGGCUCAUUUUCUGAUUUCUGUUGUCCUCAGCUCAAGUGAAAAUGGGAUAAAUAGGUAGCGACAGUUUGAUCUGGUUUAAACUUUUGCGUCUGUAGAAAGUUUCGUGACCCGGAAGUGAACCUUACUCAGACAGAUGAGACACAGAUUCUGCUCCUCUCCUCUUUUACAACAAUGCAGAUUAGUUUUCAUGAAAAUACCCCUCAGUUUAGCUCCACACUCACUUUGUUUGGUCAUGUUCAUGUAUUCAUGUCUUCUCUGCUUGUUGUUUGCGGUCUCUUUCUUUCCUGCUUUUCUUUUUUUGGACACAUAACCCCCAAAAUCAAACAAAUCAUCACAGUCCAGACAAAAGUUGUUUCUUUUGAGUCUGUUCAACAGUCCUGCUUUCUUUGUGUGUCUUUCUGACCUUUUCCUUCUGAUAUUUCCUGGAAACCUUCCUGGUGCCCAUGAGUACAAAUGUAAUCCAGUGCAAAACUGUCCAUCAUAUCAAAAACUGUCUCGGUAGAAAGAGACGUGUAGGAAGAGGAAGAAAUCCAGCGUUAAACUGAAGUCCUCCGUUAGUCGCGUAGUUCUUUCUUUUAGAUACGCAACCUGUUAUCCGGUGGUAAAUGCACAAAGUUGCUGAAUCCGGUCCAGAUUUCUGUAUCAUAGAGUCACAUCUUUUUGGUUGAAGUCUGUGUCAUGUGAUCCUGACAGCAGCUCUUUGUCCUGUUUGUGUUGGUGUCUCAUUAAAGAGGCCUUCAUCAGGAACUUCAGCGCUCCAUACAGCCUGCUGCAGAGGCAUUUAGUGGGAGAAGGCAGAAAAGGAGAGGAAGCGGAGACUGGCCGUCCGGAUCAGCACCAGCAGCAAACAACCAGACCCCUCCUCAUCGCAGAGCUGACCACUUCCUCCUUCCUGCCCUCCGUCAUGGACAUUCAGAAGGUAACUGCUUUCACAAAACCUGAUUCACAACACUUUAAUUUAAUCGAAGUUCAAGCACGUCCAAAACUAGAUUAUGAAGGAAUGAAGAGUGAGCUUCAAAAAUCUGAACAUGUGUUUUGUCCUGCAGGAUGUGCUGCUGUUCUACUACACUCAGUGGUGUGGAUUCUGCUCUGCUCUCAACCACAUCAUCAUCCAGCUGGCCAGAUUACUGCAGGGAAACAGCAGCAUCACUGUGGCCAGGUACACCAGCUUUUAGCAGUUAUUAGUUUUAUUCUGUUAAAUCAUCAUUUUAUACCGACUUUAAUAUCGGUCAUCUCAAGAGAUUACGUCACGAUCAUUAGUGAACGUCUGCAUGUUUUGUGUUUAGGGUGAAUGUUGCGCGUAACGACCUUCCGUGGGAGUUCAUGGUGGAUCACGUUCCCUCCAUCCUCCUCUUUCCAAAGUACAGGUAAGAACGACGCCACAUGCAUCUAUGAUAUUUCAGUUUGUGUAAAUUUGGCGCCCCCUGUGGACAAAUUAGUGUUUGCUUUACAUCACAGGGACAAAUAUUUGAAGACAUAAGCACACAAUUGAGAAAAAGUAAUUUAACAAUAAGCCUGGGUGAUUAUAUGAUAGUGAUUAAUGAUCGUGAUAAAUUUCAGUUUGAUCACGGUGAUCAGCAGUGAGCAUAUUUACUCGAUGAAACAUAGCGGAAAUGUGCGUGACAACAGCCAAUCAGAGGCGAGCUUUUCCUGCUCACUUCAGUUUAACACGGAGCUGAGGGCAGCAGGAUAGAUGUCAGCCGUGACUUUGAGUCAUCCUCCAAAGAUGUCAUUGUUGAGAAGGAAAGUUAUUCAGCGUCGGUUGUGUGGCGGUGGUUCGGGUAUCUCCAAAGUGAUGUUGAGCAAUUUAGCCGACGUGCAAGUUAUGUUGGCUGUUGGUGCCCUCAAAAACCAGCAACACAACAAAAUAAUAAUCAAGAUCAGACAUUCAUUUUCUUCCGCCCAGACGGCCCUCACCCCAGCCACUUCCACCAGCUCCUCCAGGGGGAUUCCCAGGCCAGGCAAGAGAUAUAAUCCCUUCACCUGGUCCUGGGCCGGCCACGAGGUCUCCUCCUGGUGGGACAUGUCUGGAACACCUCUAACGGGAGGCAUCCAGAAGGCAUCCUAACCAGAUGCCCGAGCCACCUCAGCUGACUCCUCUCGACGUGGAGGAGCAGCGGUUCUACUCUGAGCGCCUCCUGAGUGUCCAAGCUCCUUACCCUAUCUCUAAGGCUGAGCCCGGCCCCCCUGCUGAGGAAACCCAUUUCAGCCGCUUGUAUCCGCCAUCUCGUUCUUUCGGUCAUUACCCAGAGUUCAUGACCAUAGAUGAGGGUCGGCACGUAGAUCGACCGGUAAAUCAUGAGUCUCGCCUUACGGCUCAGCUCUUUCUUCACCACAACAGAUCGGUUAAGAGUCCACAUCACUGCUGACGCCGCUCCGAUCCGCCUGUCGAGAUUGGACGAUAUGACAAAAUAUAUUGCGAUCAAUUUAUUUGCCAAAUCGCCCAGUCCUACUUAACAUAAUUUUGAUUUAAUUUAAGCAGAAAUAUUCUAACUCAUUCUUUUUGAUUCUUUGUUUGUUUUUUGGUUUGAAGGAAACAUUUAAGCGUGAAGUUUCCUGAAGACCUGCCCAUCACCUUACCCAACCUCCUGCACUUCCUGCUGCAGCACUCUGGCUCUGUGCAGUACACAGACAAACCAGCGACAGCCCCCGGCGAGGCCGAGGGCCCGGGAGCAAACGCCGUCCUUCGAGCAGAGUUUAUUGCUCUCCAGCGCGAGGUCCAAGCGCUUCAUCACGCCCGUAAAUGUCUCUCCCAACAGCUGGCGCAGCUGUGGCGUGAAAACCGCAGACUAGCGUUUGACGUUCACAGCUUGGAAGCGCAGAACGCCGAGCUGCAGCGGGAGAGGCAGAGCUUGGAGGAGCAGCAUCGGGAGAAGAGCCGGCAGCUCAGGGAGGCGGUGGGGCGUCUGCAGGAGCUGGCAGAAACCUCUGAAAGCCUGCUGAACGAGAACACCCUGCUCAGGGUCCUGCUGAGGGUGCUGAAGGACAGGACAGAAGCGAAAGAGCAGGCAGAGGUGGAGAGGAAAGAGGCGCAACAGAAAAGCAGCCAUAUGGCCUCCUGA